AUGGAGACCCUCAGACGCUGCAUUCACAGACAGCCCCCCCCCAGCGUGGGGGUGGUCGCCUACAGCCGUCACCGCGACCCAGAGGAGGAGGAAGAAGAGGAGGAGGAGGAAGGGGAGGGGGGCGAUGGUGGGGCAGGACCCCUUGUUCUGCUGCCCCCCCCACCCCCCAGGCCCCGCCCCCGUCUCAAGCCCCGCCCCCAGCCCCGCCCAUGUCUCCAUCCAUUGGUCACGUUGGCGCUUGGCUCCGCCUCCGCCUUCCUGCUGGGGCUGUUGGUGGCCGGGAUUGGACGGACGCCGUGUGGGGGCGGGGCGUGGGCGGGGCCUGAUCCCGGUGACGUCACCCUGGAGGAGGUUGUGGGCGGGGCUAGACCCGAAGCUCCGCCCACGUGGCCUCAGCUGCGGGAGGAGCUGCAGCGCCGCCUGCGGGGGGAGCGCAUUGAGGCCUGGGUGCGGGAGGUGGCGAUGGAGCCGCACCCCCCGGGUUCGGGGCGGGGUCAGGCCUUGGCUCAGGCCGUGCUGAGUGCAAUGGUGGGGGCGGGGCUGCACCGGGCGUGGAACCGACCCCAGAGGGUGCCCCUGCCCACCAGGGGUCCCCCCCCCUCCCUGGUGUGGGUGGAUGCAGAGGGCAGGGAGUUGGAGCGGCUCCACCUCGACCCCGAUGCCUUCUGCCCAUGGAGCCCUGCUGGGAACGUCACGGGGGGGUUGGUUUAUGGCCACUAUGGCCGCCCCCAGGACCUGGAGCUGCUGCGGGCACGGGGGGUGACGCUGGGGGGGCACAUACUGCUGCUGCGGAUGGGGAAGGGGACCCCGGCUGCUAAGGUGGCAGCAGCGGAGGCAGUGGGAGCUGUGGGGGUAUUGCUGUACCACGACCCCCAGGACGUGGCCGGGCCGGGGGGGACUCCGGGGCUGGGGGGGGACACGGCUGCAUCGGUGCACGUGCAGGAUGGGGCAGGGGACCCGUACAGUCGGGGCUUCCCCUCCUUCACUGCUCGUGCCCCCCCCAACCGCCCCCCAGAUCUGCCCCACAUCCCGGUACAUUACCCUGAGCUGCUCCACACCAAAGCAGCCGCGUACAUCAGCCUGGACCACGCCGUGCUGGGUGAUGACCGCGUGGUGGUGCACAGCAGCCCUUUGCUGCACAGCGUCAUUGAGAGCGCCCUGCGACAGGUCAGUGCCCCCCCCAACAUGGCGGCACUGCUGCCCCCCCCAACAUGGCGGCACUGCUGCCCCCCCCCAACAUGGCGGCACUGCUGCCCCCCCCCCAACAUGGCGGCACUGCUGCCCCCUCCCCAUCACGUUGCCCCCCCCAUAAAAGGUGGACAGCCCCAAUGA